ACGUCCCCGCUUCUCACCGUCUCGCGCCGUUCCUCUGAGUGCACCCGCGUGAAGCUACUGAGGUGUGACGAUACAUAAUGGAAGCAUGUUUGCCUUCUUCGCGGCCUCGCUUCUUCUUCUGGGACACCUCGCGAUGAGCGCGAGGACGUCUACGUCCGCGGUCGUCGCCGACGGAGGAGUCGACCUGGACGUCUCGCGUCACCACGGAGGCGACCUCUUUCGGGACUGCGGGGGCUGCGGUCCGGACGCCUCCCAGGCCCCCGGUGGGGACAACGACGAGUGCCGAUGUCAGUGCGCGCCGUCUCACCACACGUACCGCGAGGACAUACGGACGUGCGUGCGGGACCUGGGAGAGUGUCGACUCGGAGCCUUCGUGCGUCCCGGUGCGCCGAUGGAGCAGAUACCGCUGGUCUUCCUGCCGCUGGCCGGGCAGAUCGUCCACCCCGGGGCACACCUCAGCCUGACGGGUAUGGCUCCCAUCGAUCCACUCUGGUGUCGAGUGAACCGGACCCAGUACCUGAGCUCGGACGGCUGGAUCGAGUCUCGGGGUCCGGCGUCGUCAUCUCCUGCCGGAGUCCAGCAGCCGUUCGCGCUGUACCAGGCCAGCAACCGCACGUUCCUUCAAUGGCUGGGCGACGAGCGCGAACGCCGCACGCUUCAGCACAAGCUGCUGCUGCUUCGAGUUCGGUGCGCAGACAAGACCGGAGCCGUGUUUGAGCCGUGCAUCGCUUUUCGUGCCGGCUGGGCUCCCGGAAUAGCUCCCGUGGAACGCCGAACAACGGACUUCACGGUCGUCGGGCUCUGCCUGGGCGUCCUCGGGCUGGCUUACGUGUUGGCGGUGCUGGUCUACCUGAGGGUCCGGCAGGGCAGCGUCAAGUCCACCUUCCGAAGCUACCUGGAUGAACAGCCCGUGAGCGGGGUGAGCCUCUUCUUGCACCCAAGUCAAGAACAACAGCAGCAGCAGCAACAGCAGUACCACGCGUACGACACGCCUCGCAGCACCGGAAGUGAGUCGGCGACCCGUGACAUGUUCUUCAAGCGGUCUAGCAACCUGCAGCAGCAUGGAGCCUCCACCAGUAGUGCCGACGCUCUGCAACAGGCGGCGCAGUUGCAGCACCUCGAGUCGAGGAGCUCGGUGCGGCGUGCCGCGCUCCAGAUGAACCUCGGGCCCGAGCUGCUGGAACCGGAAAUGCUGGCUUGCCCGCCUCCACCGGCGCAGGAGUUUCUAACCAAGGUGCGCGAGAUGGUGGCAGCGGCCAGAGCAAGGCUACGCAACUUCCGGUUCCGACCAACCCUCGUCGACAUACCGGAAGACGAUUACACGAACACGCAGCACCACCAGCAUCACCAUCACCAGCUGCAGCACGGUCACCAUCAGUUCGCCAAGAACUCGGACUGCGGCCACAGUCCUGCUGGCGUCUUCAAUGGCGCCUGCGCUGGUGCCGUGCGUCACAACCCGCUUCUCGGAGUGGACAGGUUCUUCGAAGUGAACGAGAGUUAUCAAGACUCGCCUCUGGAAGCCCUGGCGCACGUCUCGCCCUACCCUCCGCGGCCACCCGAACGCCGACGCAAGAAGGCGUGCGGCAAGGAAGCUCCGCAAGCCCGUUUCGAUCUUUUCCGGAAGGACUUGUACGAGAAGCUGCAGAAACUACAGGAAGGCCGUUCUCAGCCGUCCGGAGUGCGCUGCGAGCCCGACGGUAACUCGGACAGCCCUUCCUACGAGAACGUCCUGCCGGCACCCUUGCCGAAGCGCUCCCUGCAGGACGCGCCCCCGAGGCCACCGCCUCGGCUCUGUUCUUCUCCCGUAGAUCAGUCGUCGCGACUGGACGACCUGGAAGGCGACGACGUCUCCUCCACGAGCAUUGAGUUAGACUCCCUCUACUCCCCCUGGGACUCACUGAACUCGAGGAACCUGUCCAAGCUGUCGGUCCCUCCGGACCAGACCCUGCUGGAAGCCCUCGACGAGCCCAUCAUCUUUGACUCUAUUCACGAGCCGCGUCCCACGUACAUCGUGAAUUCUGGUGGCCGGCUAAAUCCCGAGAUGAUCAUGUCCAUGUCGGGUUCCUUCAAGCCUCCGCGCGCCGGCCUCUACAUGAGCGUCGAGUCGCUGCAGAACUGCAUCAAGACCGGCCCGAGGUUCGCGCCAUGUCGACGCGGCUUCGACGCAAUGGAUGCCCUCCGGAGGGUCACGGCGGGUGAUAUAGAGUUCAUGCACGUCUGCCGAGGUCACCUCAGGAGACGGGACAGUAUCGGGUGCUCGUCGGUGGCCUCGGACAGUCUGGUCCCUUCGCCGUCGGACUCGGAGUACGACCCGGACUACUCGGACCCUUCGCCCCGAACGGACGCGAGGGUCGCAGCAGCGCGUCGCGCGAGGCGACGGUUGCGGUCUCGCGCCGAGCGCAAUGGAAAGCAUGGGCAGCCCUUGCCCCCGCCUCCUGACGUCACGAAUCAUUGAAGUCGGAGACGCGGCGGGAGACAUUCUUAAUGGGAAAGGAAAUUUCGUAACGUUAAUUGAGCUCGACACGUCUGAGAGCUCGAACUGACCGAGGUUAGACAGGAAUUAUGACCUGAGGCCCCACUUAAAGCCUGACGCAAACGUGGGCCACGAACUCCGAUUAGAAGAGAAACUUAACGAGCGCUAAUGCAUAUCACCGUCAUCUUUGUCGACCAUAUACACACGUGCAUAUGUUAUAGAGCGAAGUUGCCGGAACCGAUGUGUUCAUUUGAGAUCAAUGAAGAUUAGUCUGCAUGGUCCCCCUCCAAAGUCAUUCGGAGCUUUGCAGCAACACGUGGCACAAAUGGAGGGCCGAUUCGGACAUGGACGUCGAAUAUAACGCAGGGAAAAAAUGCAGUGACAGAAUCGACGCUCGGUUUUAGUCCUAAAACAAGUUCGCGCACUCAACGAUUAGCAAACAGAGUGAUGGUAGGAAGCAAUUAAGAGAAAGGCAAGCUGUAUAUCUCUCAGCGAACGCCGAUCAGUUGAGCUCGAAAGUAUAUAUAUUUGUGCAGUUUCCAGAGAGAUAUUUACAGGGCCGCUGAAGUGGAGGAUUACAUAAUGUUGCAAAGCGUGCUAAAUUGCAUUGGUGUAUUAGAGAAAUAUUCAUUACAAUACCGUUAAGCGGGUAAGGUAACAAGCAGCGAGAAGUGGCUACCAGAUAUUGUUUCAGCGGGGAAAAAAAAAAGAAACUCAAAGUAAAAUGAAACCACGUAUGUUCGUCAAACUAUGUUUCCAAUUGCGCGAGCCCUGCAAGUUAAGCGCUAGUUGUCUUGCUCGAUGUGUACUCGGUCAUGAGAGGGCUGAAAGUUGCUCAUCUUUAAAGACUUAUGCGUCUUCAAUGUUCAUUAAAUAAGGUCGUAAGAAAGACAAAGACACUGCAAAUCCCAUUCGCUGUAGCCACUGCACACUUUUCGUGCGAAAAUGAGAAGCUGGCAAUUACAGUAUUGUGAAGCAACAUGCGUACCGAAGUACUAACGUGCAUUUAUCCUUGGGUACUGCAUACUAGCCACCACUUUAUGAUUCAUUUAAAAAAAAAGGGAAGAAAGCAUUAACUGAAUAUAUUUGGGAUACCACCUAGAACACAAACGC